AUGUACCUAUAUUUAGCUAGCAAGAUUAAGUUGCAGAGGCUUCAGGCAGGGCAAAGCACAUUGGUCUGCCUUUUUCACAGACAGACCUCUGGGCAGAAAACAGCUAAAGCCUUCUGCUCCCUCCCCUUUCCCGAGUAUUUGCGAAAUGGAUUCCCAAAGGGAACUCACUGAAGAGCUCAGGCUUUACCAGUCCACCCUUCUUCAGGACGGCCUCAAGGAACUCCUCGAAGAGAAAAAGUUUAUAGAUUGCUCUCUAAAAGCUGGUGAUAGAAGCCUGCCUUGCCACAGGUUGAUUCUGUCGGCAUGCAGCCCUUAUUUUCGUGAGUAUUUCUUAUCAGAGCAAAAUGAAGAGAAAAAGAAGGAGGUAGUUCUGGAUAACGUUGACCCCAGCAUCCUGGAUAUGAUUGUCAGAUACCUUUAUUCAGCAAGUAUUGAUCUUAACGAUUCCAACGUGCAAGAUAUUUUUGCUUUGGCCAGUCGCUUUCAGAUCCCUUCUGUGUUCACCGUGUGCGUCUCCUAUCUUCAGAAGAGGCUGGCGGUGGGGAACUGUCUGGCCAUCCUCCGACUGGGCGUUCUGCUUGAUUGCCCAAGACUUGCAUUUUCCGCCCGUGAUUUUGUCUCGGAUCAUUUUGUGCAGAUCUGCAAGGAAGAGGACUUCAUGCAGCUUGCCCCGCAUGAACUUAUCUCAGUCAUUUCACCUGACAGCUUAAACGUAGAGAAGGAAGAACUGGUAUUUGAAGCGGUAAUGAGAUGGGUGCGAACAGACAAGGAGAACAGAGUAAAGAGCCUGGGGGAAAUUUUUGACUGCAUACGCUUUCGUCUUAUGCCAGAGAAAUAUUUCAAAGAACAUGUUGAGAAGGAUGAUAUAAUUAAAAGCAACUCAGACCUUCAGAAAAAAGUAAAGAUUAUUAAGGAUGCUUUUGCUGGAAAACUGCCUGACUCUAGCAAGAGUACGGAAAAGUCAACCAAGGGGGAGGUGAACGGUGAUGUAGGAGAUGAAGAUUUACUGCCUGGCUACCUCAAUGACCUUCCCAGGCAUGGCAUGUUUGUCAAAGACCUAAUCCUUCUGGUUAAUGACACUGCUGCGGUAGCGUAUGAUCCUCUUGAAAACGAAUGCUACCUAGCAGCCCUGGCAGAGCAGAUUCCCAGAAAUCAUUCCAGUAUAGUCACCAAACAAAAUCAGGUCUACAUUGUUGGAGGACUGUAUGUGGAAGAGGAGAACAAGGAUCAGCCUUUCCAGUCGUACUUCUUCCAGCUGGAUAGCAUCGCUGGUGAUUGGGUUGCCCUCCCUCCGCUGCCGUCAGCCAGGUGUCUCUUCGGGCUGGGGGAGUCAGACAACAAGAUCUAUGUGAUUGCAGGCAAGGACCUUCGCACCGAGGAGUCUCUAGAUUCAGUAUUGUGCUAUGAUCCUGAGGCAAUGAAAUGGGGUGAGAUCAAAAAACUACCCAUCAAAGUAUAUGGCCAUGCUACUAUCUCAAACAAUGGCUUGAUAUAUUGUCUCGGCGGAAAAACUGACGAUAAGAAAUGCACUAAUAGACUGUUUGUAUACAAUCCCAAGAAAGGAGACUGGAGAGACCUGGCUCCAAUGAAAGUGGCUCGCUCGAUGUUUGGAACGGCUAUCCAUAAGGGCAAGAUUGUCAUUGCAGGUGGUGUCACUGAAGAAGGCCUCACUGCAUCUGUUGAAGCUUUUGACCUGACCACCAAUAAAUGGGAAGUUAUGCCCGAAUUUCCCCAAGAGAGAAGCUCCAUCAGUUUAGUCACCUUAGGUGGAGCUUUGUAUGCGAUUGGAGGCUUUGCAAUGAUUCAGCUCGAAUCUAAGGAAUUUGCACCCAGUGAAGUCACUGACAUAUGGAAGUAUGAUGAUGAAAAGAAGGAAUGGAUUGGCAUACUGAAAGAGAUCCGAUAUGCUACUGGAGCCUCCUGCCUGGCUACACGCUUGAACCUCUUCAAGUUAUCAAAACUGUAAACAAAAUGCUGGAAAA